GCAAGUUCAGAAAAGAUAACACAGGGGCCUCGCAUUAAUUAACCCAUAAAAGUAGUACUACUCCCUGUUCUGUUAUGGUUGCUUUCGUGGUGCUAAACUGGGGCCAAAAGCGAAGAAAAUUAGAACAGAGCGUAGUGGGAUGAGGAAAAGGAUCCAAUUCUUAGUCCUCGUUCAGCACUUCAGCGGUAUGUCGAUGUUGUUGGCUGCCAUUUUCUCUGUUCUAUAGCUCUAAUUGGAGGAAAAGAGAUGUAAUCACGUUGUUUUGAUUUAAGGUUUCUGAAAGCUCAUCCUGAAGCCUAUAGCUCGCCUAAUCUUGAACCCAUAUUUUUUUUAAAACUUCCAAAACAUCCAAAGAUCUUCAAUUUCUCUUUAGCUUUCGGUAGUUUGUACUCUUGUUGAUUCAAAGGUAAAAUGAGUGAGAUCGAAAAUCCGCAAACUAUCUUGAAUGGCAAGAAUAAUAACCAAGAGGUCAAUAAGCCCCAAGGAGGGCAAGGGAACAAUCUUUGGAAGGAUGGCCUCAUCUUUGCUUUUGAAUUUAUUCGAGGUCAUAGAUCGGCAACUCAUUCAACGCCAAGAAGAGGCACUCCAAAUGUAAAGAAGCAGGUACACACACGAACCAUCAGCAGUGGAGCGAUACCAGAAUCUGAUAUAGACCUAAACAAGAGUAUCUCUAAUGAAGGAGCUGCAGGAGUUCCUCAAAUUUAUGAUAGCCACUGGGUUCCUAUUGGAUGGGAAAGGAUUAAAGAGCUGGUUCAAAUGGUUCGAGUUGAUGAAAAAUGGGAUUCAGAGCAAAUAUGCUUGGCUGAGGAUGAGGAUGAUUUUACUGUUGCUGGUGUUGCAGCACCAUACUGGGAGCGUCCAGUGGGGCCCACAUGGUGGUGUCAUGUUAACCCCGCUCAUCAGUCCAUUCAAUCGUGGCUAAGUGGUGCUCAUUGGCUGCAUCCUGCCAUCAGUAUUGCAUUGAGAGAUGAAAAUCGGCUUAUUAGUGAACGCAUGAAGCAUCUUUUGUAUGAGGUCCCAGUUAGGGUGGCAGGUGGUCUAUUAUUUGAGCUCUUGGGGCAGUCAAUUGCUGAUCCAUUUUCUGAUGAGGAUGAUAUACCUAUUGUGCUUAGAUCAUGGCAAGCCCAAAACUUUCUAAUAACAGCAUUACAUAUCAAAGGUUCCGCAUCAAACAUAAAUGUCCUCGGAAUCACAGAAGUUCAGGAGCUUCUUCUUGCUGGUGGGAGUACAGCUCCUAAGUCAGUUCAUGAAGUUAUUGCACAUUUGGCAUGCCGACUUUCUCGAUGGGAUGACAGAAUGUUCCGCAAACUUGUCUUUGGAGCAGCAGAUGAAAUUGAGUUGAAGUUUGUAAAUAGGAGAAAUCAUGAAGAUUUAAAUCUAUUAAGUUCAAUAUUGAACCAGGAAAUCAGGAGAUUGGCUAGACAGGUUAUUAGAGUUAAAUGGUCGCUUCAUGCAAGAGAGGAGAUUGUAUUUGAGCUUGUCCAGUAUUUGAGGGGAAUUAACACGAAACAUAUGUUAGAGGGAAUAAAAAAGAGUACGAGGGAAAUGUUAGAAGAGCAAGAAGCUGUUCGUGGAAGGCUGUUUACAAUUCAGGAUGUGUUGCAGAACACUGUUCGUGCAUGGCUGCAGGAUAAGAGUCUCAGAAUAAAUCACAACUUGGCCAUUUUCGGUGGUUGCGGCCUUGUCCUCUCAAUUCUUACCGGUCUCUUUGGAAUCAAUGUAGAUGGCAUACCAGGAGCGCAAAAUACUCCCUAUGCUUUUGGCUUGUUUGCUGGACUUCUCCUCUUCAUUGGGAUCAUACUGAUUGGGCUCGGGAUGCUAUAUCUCGGUCUUAAGAAGCCAAUCACUGAAGGGCAAGUUCAAGUGAGAAAGCUCGAGCUUCAACAAUUGGUGUCGACAUUUCAACACGAAGCAGAAACUCAUGCUAAACUGAGAGAGGGAAACUUUUAUAGACAUAAUUUGCCACCAACUGCUGUGGAUACGGGCUACGGCAAAAAUUAUGUGAUCAUUGCAUGAUGAAGGGAUUCACAACAGAAGAAACCUUGUGUAUCGUUUGAUGGCCAUAUUUGGAGAAGGCAAGGUGUUUUGUUGAUUAUUGGAAUUAUCUCAUGACGAUGAUGUAAGCAUCAAUCAGCAAAUGUUGCAUUUUCAGAUGAAUGUUUUCUGUAUUUGUCACAAAACUAGCUUGGUUAUUCAACUUAUAGAUGAAAUAGCAAUAGUUCCGUUCGUUUUAUA